AUGACCUUUUGCCUACAUACUAAUAGCUAUGUACUACCAGAUGGCGGUGCCUGCGUGGCUAUGGUUGGCAAAGACUGCGUCGCGAUAGCCUGUGAUCUUCGACUUGGUCUCCAAGCUCUCACAGUCUCCAACGAGUUUCCCAAGAUCUUCAACUACGCACCAUCUACAUACCUAGGCCUCACAGGCCUUGCCACAGACGUCAAUACAGUAUCCCAGCUGCUCCGCUACAAAGUCAACCUUUACCGUCUUCGCGAGGAGCGGAACAUCUCCCCUCAGACACUCGCCAAUCUGGUCAGCUCCAGUCUGUAUGAGAAACGAUUCGGCCCGUUCUUUGUCAGCCCAGUACUGGCCGGAAUAAAUCACACAACCGGAAAACCUUUUAUAUGUGGAUUUGACAGUAUCGGAUGCAUCGAUUUUGCAAAGAAUUUCAUCGUUAGUGGCACAGCAUCUGAUCAGCUGUACGGUACCUGUGAAUCGCUAUGGGAGCCUGAUCUUGAGCCCGAAGACCUUUUCGAGACAAUUUCACAAGCACUAUUGAACGCGGUUGACCGUGACGCCCUUUCAGGCUGGGGUGCAUACGUGUACAUCAUUGAGAAAGACAAGGUUACCAAACGAAAGCUUAAGGGACGACAAGAUUAG